CAAAACACCCCUCAACUCCUCGGCGAACUUUUCGUGGUAUUUCGGCGACAACUGCCUGGAAUCGAAUCUGGAAAUCUUGCCGCCCAAUAUCUGGAAACUGACCCACUUCAAGUGCGAAUUCAGUACGGCCAGGUCCAGAAUCUCGUACAGGAUCGCCUCCUUUAAGUGUCCCGGUAAUUUUCGAAAAUAAUCUCUGAAUACCGGGAUUGCCUCCUCUCCGCGGAGUUUCACCAUAUCCAGUGUUAAUUCGAAAAGGGUUAAUUUACAAAAAUCACUUAAAUUUGGAACAGGUAGUCGAGGAGACAUGACGGAAGUAGAGCGUGAGUUUAUCGGGAAUUUAUCGUUUGACUGAUGUUUUUUUUUUUUGACUUUGUUUUUGUGGAACGGUGCCAAGAAGUUUCACGUUCAGAGCCAUGGAAUUCAUACCUCGUCCUCAAUCAAUCAUCCCUCAAAAAAACGUAAAGCAACCCCUUCAAGGCACUCGAGUCCAAAGUUAACAACCGUCGGCGAGACAACACGGGGGCGAAUAGAGGAUGUCGACGAUGAUGGGGAAGUUUCUCCUCUUGGGGAUGUUUUGGCAGGUGCUCAAGUGCGUUUGUGUCCUUGCAACGUUUCAGGAAGAAUGGAUGAUCCCGAGCAGGACAAACGACACCAUCCAUAUCGGGAACAUCACCGUGUCGGCGGGUAGGGAGGCCAUUUUCACCUGUUUCGUCAACAUCACCGAACGAUUUAAGGUCAAUAAGGUCGCCUGGGUGAAAGCCGAAGACUUGACCGUCCUGAGCAUCGGUGCCAAAGUGGUCACCCACAACAACCGAAUAGUCGUCAAUUAUGACAACUUCAACACGUGGCAAUUGCGGAUAAAACAAGUGAAGGAGAGCGAUAAGGGCUGUUACAUUUGCGAGGUGAACAAUAGCUUGGUCAGGAGUCACGAGGGAUGUUUGGACGUCAACGUUCCGCCGGACAUCUUGAACGAGGACACCAGUGGCGACCUCUCGGUAUCAGAGGGGGAGAAUGCCACCCUGUGGUGCAGAGCAUCUGGCCAUCCACCCCCUCGGGUCACCUGGAGAAAAGAAAAUGGCGAAGGCAUCGUCAUGCGCAGGGGCUUAAGGAACUUCACCAAAGUGGAAACGUUUAAUGGGAGCCACCUGACGUUUUGGAAAGUCGAUAGGUCUCAAAUGGGCACGUACUUUUGCAUUGCGAGCAACGAUGUUCCGCCAGCGGUCAGUAAACGGUUGUCCAUGUAUGUCAAUUUUUCACCGACAAUCAAAGUCCCGAAUCAGCUCUUAGGGGCUCCGGUACAAACCGACGUCCAGCUCGAAUGUUACGUGGAAGCUUUCCCCAAUACCAUCAACUAUUGGGUGAAAAACCGAAGCGAAAUGUUACUCAAUGGGUCAAAGUACUUGGUAAGGGAGGAACGGAUCGGUUACAGGGUGUUCAUGUGGCUGAUUAUCAAAUCCUUCGCCUCCAAAGAUGUGGGCACUUAUAAUUGUGUAGCUACGAACUCUUUAGGGAGGGCCGAGGGGACCUUAAGGCUUUAUGAAAUCAAGCUCAAUCCAGUCAACGUCUACAACAAUCACGCAGAACUGGUGGGAGGUAAAGCCGAGCCGGCCAGAGGAUCCAGAAUCAAACACUUGGCAAACCGCUCUACCCCCACCACCACAAUUCCAUCCCUCUACAAAAUGUCGUUAUUGAUCAUUCCAAUUUUGUUACAAUUACGGUGAUUUUAAUAUUGAAUUAUUCAACGACCUUUCCAUAUCACCUCUGUUUUUCUCUCUCUCUCUGUUUCUCAAUUAAUAUUACCCACAAAGUGGGAAAGAAACAUACUGGAUAGCUCAAAUAUAAUAUGUGACACAUAGAGUCAACUGUACCGUUUGACAGUCACCCGUAGAUAAAAUUAAUAUUUUUUAAAAAUAAGUAGCCAUACAGGGUGGUUGAAAUAAAAAUAUUUGUUUAUGUUAUUUCAUCACCCCCGUAGUAUUAAAGGAAUUUUUGCUCAUAUCAACACAAACAUGUAAAUACACUGAAUUGUGUAAAUGUAAAUAAUUAUGUAAGUAGUUAUAUUUAUCUCUUUCUACUGUACACUGUUGUUUAUUUAAAAAAAACGACCCUUAUCAUGUGCCAAUUUUUACCAGAAAAUCCGUAAGAUCCAACCAGUGGUGACGCCCUCCAAACCUCCUUAUCGAUUUGUAUAUUUGCACCUCGAAUAAAUAGUUUUGCUUAUAGUAA